CAAAGAAGGGCAAAAGUUUUUUUCAAUUCUACGAUUAAAAAUCAGUUUAUUGUCGAACGACAAAAAUGUCUUCUCUGGUAUUCUAUCGUAAAAUGUAAAACUUUCGGCUUAGCACAAUGGAUAAACUAACUACUAUUAGUGCAGGUCUGUUUUUGGCCGCCGAUGUCUGUGCUAUCGUCAGUCUUGCUAUGCCAGACUGGGUGGUGACUAGUGUAGGGGGAGAAACUCGGCUUGGUUUGAUGUGGACCUGUAUGACACUUUAUAAUCGACCUCAAGUGUGUUUUACCCCGGAAUUACAACCGGAAUGGUUGAUCGCUCUCAUCUGCAUUUUUGUGGGCUGCAUUUGCAUUACAACUACGAUCAUUCUGUUAGCCUCCAGCAAUUGGGAUCGUAAUGUGAUUCCUUACGCUCGAUGGGUAGGGUUCACCGCAAUGAUUCUGUUCUGUUUAGCCGCGGUAAUAUUUCCGCUUGGCUUUGAUGUUGACGACAUUGGUGGCCAGGCGUAUCACCUCCCUCAUUCACAUCAGGUCGGAAUCUCGUACAUUAUGUUUGUGCUGGCCUUGUGGAUCACGGUCAUUUCGGAGUUAUUUGCGGAAAAAGUUUGCUUACCGCAAUUUUAACGGUAACCUGUUUUCGGCUAACGAGACAAUGGACACAGUAUUUUAUCUAUUAUCAACGGAGUUUCAAAUCUAUGGAAUUGAGCAAAUUUCCAUAUUUAUAAAUUUAGGAUUUUGUUAGCACUUAAUUCAGGAAUUAAA